AUGACGUUCGUAUGGAAGUUUCAGUGCUUAUGUUUGUAUUUCCUUUUUGUUCAACGACAAGUAGAAGGAACUUGGCCUUCAGCGAAUUCAUCAGCAGUUCAGCUACUAUAUCUUUCACAAAAUAUCACUGAUAUCACUAAUAUUCAGUCAUGGUAUUAUCAAACUCGUGCGAUGUUCUACUCGGCUAUACUGCUUUCUCAUCAAUACGGUAUAACUGUCGGAGGUGAAUAUUUGGGCUGGCGUCUUGAAACAACGUCAGGUAGUCCCAUGAACGCUCUUCGUAUGACGUGUGAAGCAGUGUCGACUUCCAAUAUUGUCGGUAUUGUUGGACCGUCAGUUUCGCGAGAAGCACAUGUACUUGCACCAUUUACUGAAGAUAUCGAUAUUCCCAUCAUAUCCUAUGGUGCAACUGACCCUAAACUGUCCGAUCGAAUAGAAUAUCCCAGUUUUUAUCGUACAGUACCUUCGGAUAAUGACGCAGCUUUGGCUAUGGCUAAACUGUUUGUGCGAUUCAAUUGGACAAUGUGUAUCAUUAUUUACCAAAAUGAUGAAUUUGGAACGGGAGGCGUUAAAGCCCUUUCUGAUGCGUUUGCUGAUAGCAAUAUAACUGUUACAGACACGAUGAUCUUCGAUAUGACAACAUUGGCCAUUCGGGGUGAUUUGAAAGGUAUAUUGACACACAGUUUAGCACGAACCGUAAUCGUUUGGGCUGAUUCGACUUAUGCAACACUAAUUCUACAAAGCGGUCUCAAAGCAGAUGUAGUUGGCCCAUUAUUUACAUGGAUAUUGGGCGGCGAUGUUGCAUUAACAGAUUUCAACGACACUUGGUAUGAUCGCUUAGUUGGAAUAUUAUCCAUUAGUCCUGUGGUAGGAAAUCUGGCAGGCGCACCAGUAAAUCAAACAUUGUUAAAUGAUGCGUAUACCAUCUGGAAGACGUAUGAACCUGAAUCGUUUCCUGGCACAGCAAACGUUGAUUAUUACACAUUGUUUGCAUUUGAUGCAACAUGGGCGUUGAUUGAAUCAUUUUCACGAUUGUGCUCCAACAGCAAUUUUUCAUCGUGCAUUGGAUUUACGAAUACUUCGUUUUGUUUCGACCGACGUGCUCUAAAUAUGCAUUCAAUAUUUGAUAUACUUAAUACAAAUACUUUCCUGGGUGUGACAGGUUCUGUUCAAUUUUUUACCAAUACAACAGAUCGAAUCAACGGUUCCUAUUACAUUGUGAAAAAUGUUCAACGUUUUUCCAAAACUCUUAACUUUGUUCCAGUCCUAGUAUCGACCGGAUCAGCUGACUGGACCCAACAUGCUGAAAAAAACAUUAUUGUUUGGCCUGGUCAAUCUUUAACUAUACCAACCGGUUACGCAUCCAUUCACGGCGUUACAUUACGUAUUGGUGUUAAAGAAACAGUUCCAUUUGCUAUGGAGAAAGAAAUUACAGAUGAAUAUGGAAAUAAGAAAGCAAAAUUAGUCGGCUAUGCCGUUGAUUUGGUUUAUCGUCUACAAGAAAAAAUGGGAUUUAUCGCAAAUGUCACUUUAAUACCUCAAAAUGUUACAUAUAGCAGUCUGCCUGAUUUAAUAGUAAAUGACCAAUUCGAUGUGAUAGUUGGAGAUAUCACAAUUUUAGCCGUCCGAAGAGAAAAAGUGUCGUUUUCUGAGUCAAUCUUUGACAACACAUUACGGUUAAUCAUUCGAAAGAAAACUUCCGAAAGUUAUGGUCGUUUCGCCUUUUUGAAACCAUUUCCAGUAAUUCUCUGGAUCAUGAUCGCACUCGUCGUUCUUUGGUCUGCUUUGCUAAUUUACUUCUAUGAAGUACGCCAUGCAGAACUCAGAAAGAAGCCAGUAAUUUCUCGCAUUGGAAUGAGCAUUUGGUAUGCAAUUGGGACACUUAUUGGAUACGGUGUUGACUUCCAAGCAAAAACAUCACCUGGUCGCAUCCUGACAAGCGGUAUAUACGUCGUCAGCGUCGUUCUCAUUGCCGCAUAUCAAGCAACGUUAACAGCGAAGUUAACUCUCUCUCAAUCACAAGAUUUCAUCGCCGGCAUUGACGAUAUUAAAAAUGGAAAAGUUCCAUACAAUCGAAUUGGCAUUCUUGUAGGUACUUCGAUUGAAGAUUAUUUUCUUCGAGAAAUCACUGGUGGUAGUCGAAAUUAUUAUCCGUUAACAACCAAAGAAGAUAUGUACGAAAAGUUAUUAAAUAAAGUUAUCGAUGCAUCAAUCAUGGAUUCAGGUGUCGUCGAGUACGCGACCAGUGCCGUCUAUUGCAAUUUGACUCUCGUCGGUGCCGGUUUCGAUCAUAGUUCAUUCGGAAUCAUGUAUCCAAAGAAGUGGUUAUAUGAACAGAUCCUGGAUGUCACCGUAUUAUCAUUCCGUGAAGCAAAUGUGUUCAAUGAGUUGCAAAGAAAAUGGUUUCAGGCAACAACAUGUGCACAGGACUCAGGAACAUCAGAUCCAACAGAUUUACCAUUUGAAGCCAUCGCUGAUUUGUUUGCUGUCUUUGGAGUUAUUAGUCUUCUAUCGUUACUAAUGUACAUAGGAAGGAUAUUACACAAACAUUACGGAUCGAAAGUAGUUAUCUCAAGCGACAUAGCGCUUGAUACUCCUCCACCGCCUACUCCUGGCCCUAGUCUUUCAUAUUCAGACCAUUUGCCUUUCGUUCCGUCGCAUCGUCAUACAUGA